AUGUCUGCCCUGCAUAAAGCGUAUCUCAUCCCCUCAGAGAGGGAAACAUACCUCGAUCUCGCAACGGCCCAUCAGAACGCCGGUCUCGAGAUAUUCCGGGACGAGUUGCACACGCUCGACGAAAGCAACUGGCAGCAGUUCUUCUGCUUCGCCUCCAUCGUGGUGCUUUACGUGUCUUCAAUACCGGUUCGCAUAGGCAAUCAGACGGAGCCCGUGCCGAAUAUCCUUGAACUCUUCAUGUUUGUCCGUGGAAUACGUGCGGUUCUCGAACCGUAUCAGGGAAAGUUGAUGAAGACCAAGUUCUCAGCAAUGGUGCACGGCAUAUGGAUCAUUGAUCCAGACGACACCAACUAUAGAAACCCCGCAAUGAAUCAAUCCCCACUGCCUGGAGAUAUCUUCAAAGCACUAGAAGAUCUACAGUCUUUCUUCGGAGAGGCCCUCCACGACGAGAGUCGAGAGGAGUAUCUCACCGCCGUGGCCGAGCUGGAGAAGGCCGUCUACCUAAUGGCUCACGCCGGCACGAACAUCGAGAUCGGCAUGAUCCUCUUCUGGCCGUACGUCAUAUCCGAGAACAUCAUGGCCGACAUCCAGGCCCAGAACCCCUUCGCGAUCGUGCUGCUCUCCUACUUUGCGAUCCCGCUAUGCGUCCUGGAGCAGAGGUUCUGGUUCUUGAAGGGGUGGUCGCGCAGGCUGUUUGAUGUCACGGACGGGCUUCUGGCUGAACACUCCACGCUUAUGGAGAUGAUCAAGUGGCCGAGGCGGCAGGUGUUUGAGAUUCAUGGGCUUAUUUGA